AUGAGGAAGGGACACGUGCCCAGUGGUCUGAAGUGUCAUCCUGACCAGGAGCACCUCAUUUACCCUUUGGGCUGCACAGUCCUCAUUCAGUCACUCAACACAAAGAAACAGAAUUUCCUCCAUGGCCAUGGGAACAAUGUCUCCUGUGUGGCCAUCUCCAAGAGUGGAAUCUACAUUGCCUCUGGACAAGUCACCUUCAUGGGCUUUAAGGCAGACAUAAUUUUGUGGGAUUACAAGAAAAGGGAGCUGAUUGCACGGCUGUCACUUCAUAAGGGCAAAAUUGAGGCUCUGGCUUUCUCGCCAAAUGACUUGUACUUGGUGUCACUGGGAGGUCCAGAUGAUGGAAGUGUUGUGGUGUGGAGCAUCGACAAGAGAGAAGCCAUCUGUGGCAGCACCGCUGCGGGCCUCAAUGUUGGCAAUGCCACCACCAUCAUCUUCUCCCGGUGCCAGGACACGAUGUUCAUUACCGCUGGAAAUGGGACAAUUCGAGUAUGGGAACUGGAUCUCCAAAAUAGAAAAAUUUGGCCAACUGAGUGUCAAACGGGACAGAUGAAAAGAAUUGUGAUGAGCAUCACAAUGGCCAAUGAUGACAAUUUUUUUUACUUGGGCACCACCACUGGAGAUAUUCUCAAAAUGAACCCUAGGACUAAGCUGCUGGCGGAGAGUGGCCCCUUGAAGGAAAAAUUCAGUCUGGGGGUGUCAGCUAUCAAAUGUCUGAAGAUGGGAGGUCUCUUGGUGGGCUCUGGAGCUGGAUUGUUGGUCUUCUGCAAAAGUCCCACCUACAGAAUUAUCAGGAAAAUCCAGUUACAAGGCAGUGUCACUUCCAUCACACUUCGAGGUGAAGGUCACCAAUUUUUUGUGGGUACUGAAGAAUCACACAUUUAUCGUGUCAACUUCACAGAUUUCAAAGAGAUCCUUAUUGCUACCUGUCAUUUUGAAGCUAUCCAGGAUAUUGUUUUUCCAUUUGGCACUGACGAGCUAUUUGCCACCUGUGCCAAGACAGACAUCAGGGUCUGGCACACGCUGUCCUGCCGGGAGCUGCUGCGGAUCACUGUGCCCAACAUGACUUGCCAUGCCAUCAACUUCAUGAGAGAUGGGAAGAGCAUCAUUUCAGCGUGGAAUGAUGGUAGAAUCCGGGCCUUCGCCCCAGAGACAGGCCGGCUGAUAUAUGUCAUCAACAAUGCUCACAGGAUCGGAGUGACAGCCAUCGCUACCACCAGUGACUGUAAAAGGGUCAUCAGUGGUGGUGGGGAAGGGGAGGUGAGGGUGUGGCAGAUAGGCUGCCAGACCCAGAAGCUAGAGGAGGCCCUGAAGGAACACAAGUCCUCUGUGUCCUGCAUCAAGGUGAAGAAGAAUGAUGAGGAAUGUGUCACAGCCAGCAGGGAUGGAACGUGCAUCAUCUGGGAUCUUGUGCAUCUCAGGAGGAAUCAGAUGAUCCUGACGAACACCUUAUUCCAGUGUGUGUGUUAUCACGCCGAGGAGUUCCAGAUCAUCACCAGUGGGACAGACAGAAAGGUUGCUUACUGGGAAGUCUUUGAUGGGUCUGUUAUCAGAGAGCUGGAAGGUUCCUUGUCCGGGGCAAUAAAUGGCAUGGAUAUUACAGUGGAGGGAGUGCACUUUGUUACAGGUGGAAAUGACCAUCUGGUGAAAGUCUGGGAUUAUAAUGAGGGCGAAGUGACUCACGUUGGGGUGGGGCACAGUGGCAACAUCACUCGCUUGCGGAUAAGCCCAGGCAACAAGUACAUCCUCAGCGUGAGCGCAGAUGGAGCCAUCCUGCGGUGGAAAUACCCGCACACUUCAUGA